AUGAGUAACAUCGGAUAUGACCCCUACUACUCUCCUUCCUCCUCCUACCGCCGCUGGUAUGUGGAGUCUCCCUCCCGUGUCUCCUCUCGGGGCAGGAGCCACACUGUGUACUCCCCCCACAGUGUGUCCUCAUCUUCCCGUGUGCAGUACUCCUCUCCGGGCCGGGUGCUGCUCUCCUCCUCCUCUCCGUCCCAGUCUCUGGAUCUGGAACUCAGCCAGGCAGCCCAAAUCAGCUCCGAGUUCCGGGCGGUCCGUACCCAGGAGCGUUCCCAACUACAGAACCUCAAUGAUCGCUUUGCCGGCUUCAUCGAAAGGGUGAGGGAGCUGGAGCAGCAGAACCGUGCUCUCGAGGCUGAGCUGAUGAUUCUCAGGCAGAGGCACACUGAGCCCUCUCGUCUGAGGUCACUGUACGAGCAGGAGGCCCGGGCUCUCCGAGCCGCUGUUGACGAGGCCAGAGCAGAGCAACAAGCUGCUCUGGGCCAGAGGGAGCGCCUGGAGCAGACCCUUAGUGCUCUUCAGGGCCGGUAUGAAGAAGAGGUUCUGGCUCGAGAAGACGCAGAGGGCCGGCUCAUGGAGGCCAGGCGUGAAGCUGACCAAGCUGCUUUGGCAAAGGCCGAGCUGGAGAAGAGCGUUGAAACCUUGUUGGAAGAACUGGCCUUCCUCAAGAGGGUCCAUGAAAGUGAGCUGGCUGAGCUUCAGGCCCAGGUGCAUCUGGGGGUGCAGGCGGCCGUGGAGUCUGAGGCUGCAGCUCCAGACCUGUCGGGGGCUCUGAGGGACAUCCGCUCUCAGUACGAGAGGCUGGCAGCUCGGAACAUCCAGGCAGCUGAGGACUGGUUCAGGGGUAAGGUGGGCACGCUGACUGAGACUGUGGCCCAACACACAGAUGCCGUGAGGAGCUCCAAAGACGAAGCGGGAGAGUACAGACGCCAACUGCAAAACCGCAUCCUGGAAAUCGAUGCAUGCAGAGGUCUGAACGAGUCCCUGGAGAAACAGCUACAGGAGAUGGAGGACAAAAAUGGUGCAGAAAUAUCAUCUAUGCAUGACACUAUUGGAGACUUGGAGAAUGAGCUGAGGGGAACCAAACAUGAAAUGGCUCGGUAUCUGAAAGAGUAUCAAGACCUUCUAAACGUCAAGAUGGCCCUGGAUAUUGAAAUUGCUGCAUACAGGAAGCUGCUGGAGGGGGAGGAGUCUCGUUUUAAUGUGGGCGGAGUUGGGGCCGUGGCAUCUCUGUACAGCCACAGUCUGUCGGCUCCCUCCUUCAGCCGCCCUGUCUUCUCCAGUCUGAGCUCGGGCACCUCCUACCUGAUGACAUCACGCCUGUUCAGCUCCAGCACCACCGAGGGGCUCAUCUCCGCCAGCCAAGCCCCCCAGGCCGAGGCCAGCCCCCCUGCUGAAGAAGAAGAGGAGGAAGAGGAGGAGGGAGAAGAGGCAGCAGAGGAUACAGAGGAGGCCAAGGAGGAAGAAGAAGGAGGAGACGACAAAGGAGAAAAGGAGGAAGAAGAGGAAAAAGUAGAGGAGAAAGAAGGAGAGGAAGCUACUGAGGCAGAUGAAGGAGGUGAUGAUGAAGAGCAAAAGGAAGAAGAGACCGAAGCUGCAGAUGAGGAAGAGGAGGGAGGAGAAAGUGAGGUAAAAGAGGAGGAAGAGCAGAAGGAAGAAAAAGAUGAAGGAGGGGAUGAUGAAGAUAAAGAAACAGAAACCAAAGACGACCAAAAAGCAGAAAAGGAAGACCCCAAAAAGGCUGAUGAAAAACAGGAGAAAGAGGAAAAAGCAGAGGCUAAGAAAGUAGAAAAAGCUCCCGAGAAAGAGGAAAAAGCAGCACCGGAAAAAUCUGACGAGAAGGAAGAACCCAAGACCAAAAAGGAAGACAAACCUGCUCCGGAAAAAGCUGAGAAAGAUGAAAAAGUUGCUCCGGAAAAAGCGGAGAAAGAUGAAAAAGUCGCUCCGGAAAAAGCGGAGAAAGAUGAAAAAGUCACCCCGGAAAAAAAGGAAAAAGAGGAGAAACCUGCUCCUGAGAAAGAGAAGAAAGACGAAAAAGCUGUCGCCAAAAAAGACGUCAAAGCCGAACCAAAGAAGGAGGAAGAGAAAGCCGCCAAGCCUGCCGAGGACAAAAGCAAAGAGGCCAAGAGCAAGAAGUGA